GUGCUGUGAAGUGUUUGAUCACGGUCUGCCAUGUGGACAAGUUCAACACGUGCCCCAAUCCAGGAUUGACCGGCUUCCAGUUGCAGCAUCAGAUCAUGCGAUGGUCAAGUCCCAAAAUGGUUGGCGUCAUCAAUUUCAAAACCCUUGCAGAAAACUUUCGGGUGGUUGAGAAGACUCUCAGAAUGUGGCUACCACAAACUGAAGUACCAAAGACCAUUUUGAUUGAAGAUGCCAGGGAACAGGACCCCAUUGUCGCCACCCUGUUCAACAUGGUCGCCGCCCAUUGGCCGGUCAUGGUGAGACCCAAGCUGGGCAGCCAAGAGUCGCUUGAGGCUGGCGAGGAGGAAAAUGAAGAGCACGAUCCUGACGAAGUGGAUGAUGCUGAUUUGGCACAAGGGUUGGGGGUGCUGUGUGGCGUUGCUGAACCAGUAGAACCCCUACCUGACUCCGAGAUCCCUGAGACACAGCUGCUAGAAUCACAAGCCUAUACAGAAAUGGACUUUGAUUCACUAGUUCCUGCGAAUGACUGUCCAGUUGUACCGUGUGACCAGCAAGAUUCCUUGGAGAAUGUCUUUGAGGGUGGUGAGAACUUGGGUAGCAAAGAUGCAGCAGCUUCACCAGCCACCGAGAAAUCGGAAAGCGUAGCCCCUACGGAGAUUGAGAACACUCCGUCUCCUCCCCGCCCAGGGCCUGAUGGUGUUAUCGAGAUUGCCGAGUCUCCAAGCAUUCCUGUCCGAGUGCUGCCGCCAAAGAACCCCGCAAAGGUGAGUGAGGAAGAUUUGGCCACACUCAGGGAAAAGAUAGCUUUGCUCAAGGCACCUUCUGCGCCAGCAGUGGACCCAUCCACUCUGGACACCUUGCCUAUGUUUCAUGACUUCUUGGAGGGCAGUUCUCCAACCAAGCCGGAUGAGGGUGUAGAAACAGGAGAGAAGUCUCAUGGCCUUGCUGACCUACCUCAUGGUGAAGUCAACAGCGACUUUCCUGCUGACCUUCAACAUGGUAAAGUCAACUACGACGACUACCAACUUCCUGCUGAUCUACCUCAUGGUGAAGUCAAUGACCAACUUCUUGCCGAAGCUGGUGUGCAUGGUGAUGCUAUGGAGCCAAAGACCCCUGAGCAACCUGAAAGCGAUCUACCAGACCAGCCCUGUCCCAGGACCCUUGACCAGCCUCUUGCUUCUGAUGCCAAAAGUCUUCAUGAUGAGCCCGAGCCAUUGGCACCUCAGAACGUUGUGACGGAAAAUGCGGAGGGUGAACAUGGAGGAGCUGUUGCCCCUGAGGAUACCAAAGAGGGUGGUGAGGAACCUGAGCCUGCUGAUGGGCCUGAGGAUUUGUUCAACGCAGAGGUUCAAACGACCCGACAUGAACAGUUUGCGGAGAGAGAUAGGUUAGCCAAAGAAGCACCGAUGACCAAAAAACAAGCAAAGGCAGCAGCUGCAAAGAAGAAGAAAGCCGAUGACAAAGAAAAGGCGAAACUUGCGAAGGAGAACAGCAAAGCCUUGGCCAAGGCUAAGGCAAAAUUCGAGAAAGAAAGGGCCAAGGCUGAAAAGUUGGCUGCAAAGUUGGCUGCAAAAGCUGACAAAAAAGAUGAGAAAAAAGCUGACAAAAAAGCAAAGGCUGCACCGAAGAAGAAAGCUGCACCGAAGCAGGAGGCAACAAAGGGACGAAAAAACAAGAGCAAGGACAGCAAGGAGACACAUGAUGAGGGCACAACAGAGACCGCCGAGAUUCAAGGUGAAGCUCCAUCAGUUCCUGCUGACACUGGGGGCCCAGAGGUCAAAGAACCCAAGAAGCCCCGCACCAAGAAGGCCAAGCAAGCUCACACUCCUGGUGAUGGCCUUCCGGUCGCCCCUGAGGCAAGCUGCCCUGCCCCCGUGAAAGCUUCUGGUGACCUUGAUCCACCGAAGAAGCGCAAAGCUGAGGAUUUGCCAGAUGGCGCCAAUGAUCCCAAGGAGAACCACAAGGAGAAGGCAACUUUUGCCAGGAGAAUCCGUGGCAAGGGUGAGAAGGCAGGAAAGCGCUGGGACAACAUCAAGGGAGUCUUCAUGGACCUUGUGGCCCCACUGAUCCGCCGACCUUCGCCUUUCGAGGACCCGUUUUGGACACAUUGUGUGAAGUUGGAGAGGGAACAGUAUCAGGAGAAUGAGAAUACCAGCCAGUACGAGUUCUUCAAGAGCUGCGUCCAGUCCUUCUUGGAAAUCCCAGGCGUCAAGGGUACGAUCGAUGAAGAGGCGAAAGCUCCGUUGCUUGGGGCCCUACGUGAAGCAUGGUGUCAUCGACUCGGAUCGUGGGCAUUUAUUCUCCUAAUCCUCUUGAUUGGGAACCUGACCAUUGUGGAUUUUGAGAACCCUGCUGCUGAGUACGAGGUGUUGGAAUACUACGCUGGCACGGCAAGGUUAGCACGAUUGGGGAAAGCCAUGGGGCUCAACGCUCGCUUGCACCUUGGCCCUGCAGGGGCGGUGGCACUGCUGCCUAGCUUUGUUUGGCAUAUGCUGCAGUACUUUUGUGGCCAUCUCACGGGGGUCAACACUUCGUUGUCCAUUUGUCCCAGAAGGGUAUAUCCCGUACGGUUUGUGGGCAAGAUCUUCGAAAACCGGAGUGUCUUUCAGGAGACAGGUCCGAAAUUGCCAGAGGUGCUGUUCCCAGACAAGACUAUCCUGGAGCUGCUCCAAGAGCUUCCUACUGGAGAGGACCCCUGGAACGAAGCUGAGCUGUGGUGGGAUACGGAUAGGAUGGAAAGGGGGCACCUUUCCCAAACCUGGUCAUCUGAGACCCUGGCACGCGGGGUGGGCAUUGUCCAUUCAGCCACCAUGUCGCUUCAAAGUGACCCUGAGCAUGAGCAAAUGCUGGUAGAGCUUGCCAGGCUAGCUUUGGAAAAAACUCUGAUGGAGAACAAAUAUGCGACCGCUUCAGAGUCAGUGGUUGAUGAUGAGAUGGCCGAUGAUGACUUACAAAUUUUGUUUGUCAAAGAGGCUAAGAAUGCCAUCAGGCAGUCCCUGGUGAAGAACGAGAAUGCUGAGGAGGAAUGUCCUUCGCCCACUAAGGUUUGUGGUUCUGCUCCUGCCCCAACGGAACCCCAAGAUGACGAGAUGAAGAACGAUGUGACUGUCCCGGCUGAGAUCCCUGAAAGGAAUGAAAAUCAACCCGUUGACCCGAUGGAAGAAGAAACUUCCCCUAGCGAGGCUGAACUUGAAAUUCCCAAUGCCUUUCCUUGGAGUGAGGAAGAUGAUUUUCAAGAUGAUGAUGAUGAUGACCACACACUCGAUUACUCACGUAGCAAGAGCAAGUUACCUGAUGAUGUUCAAAAUGAUGAUGAGAUGAAGGAUGGUCAGACACCCACUUCAGGGGAAGUGCCGACAGACCCAGCCGACCAGCAGGUUCUUCCGAGCAACCCUCCAGCCCCCGUGCCUGAUGGAGGCAUGGCGCCAACAGGCACACCGAAACCUGCUUACUUGCGGCUGGAUCCAGGUAGAACCACAGAGCGGGGUGGGGCAGGUCAUGGUGAGGGUGUUGUGUCAGCACUCAUGCCUCCCCCACCAGUGCCAUCACAGAAGAAGCGAUCAAGAGGGGAUCAUGAUCCAUACUUUGAGACGCUGUCACUUCCACCUCAAGUUUUGUCUGACAAUGCCAUUUACAACCGUGUGUACAGGGUGUUCAAGGCAAAGAAAGAUGGGAGCUAUGACGUAGAUGACAAGUGGGUCAAGGCUUGGCAAGAUGUCAAGGAUGGACGAAGUCAGCUCUAUUCCAUGUUUGAGAAGACCGGGUACUCUGUGGAGAAAUUCGUCAAGCGCUGCAAGGCGAUCACUGAGAGCAUCUCCGAAGAGUCCUCCGAGGUGGAGGGUGAAUGGCUGACUUAUGCGGAUAUGCAGAAACUGGAGUUUUCCGAGACGAAGAUCAAGGGAGUUAUCCGAUACUGCGAAUCCCGCCCGCACUUACAAAGGAUGUCCAAGUAUGGAGAAGGUCAGAUGUACUGGACCGAAAUUCGGUGCAAGGGGUCGCUGAAGAUCCUAGGUGUCCUGGCUCUUGGCGACACGGAGGUGAAGCCUGAGGAGACCGAGGUGAUUGCACCAAUCCCCCAGGAUGCCAAGGCCCAGCUUGCCAAACUUGGCUUUCCCGAGAUUGUGAAUGCCCUCGGCACGCAUGAAGAAGCAUUGAUCGACUUUCAUGGCAUGGGGCUGAUUGAUGGCUUUACUGCUGUGGCCCCAACACUGGAACCUCUGCUCCAGAACCUCUUCUACUCCAUUUGGCCGAGACGAUGGGGGAUGGAGUUGGCCACCGCAGUCAGCGCGAAGCGAGCAGUGCUGGCUGUUGACAACAAGCCUGACGCCAAUCCAUGCAAUGCGGAGAGGGACUUUGAGAGGUUGUGGCAGAGGCCUUCGAUUCCGACCUACGAACCGGACACACCUCCACCUGCCAUCGAUCCCAACAUGCUUCGGGUUGCUGCUGAACAGUUAACCAACUUUAAGGGCCACUCAUACUUAUCAAGAAUGUUGAUCUUUGGAGUGGGAGGAUGGGUAUACAAAAAACAUCCACACAUCGUUGAUGCCCUUUUUGAAGAGCUGAGCAUCAACAUGACCGAUCUGUUUGAAAACGGUGUGAAGGUACAGAAUGGUGAUACCUACUAUGCGGCCUGUGUGGCCGUAAAAGGUGACAUGGACUUCCAUGCCAAAGUCAUGGAUUUGUCUCGCUCGUACAAGAAUGUUGGUACCAAGAAUCGUUUGGAAAUUUGUCACAUGUGCCGUGCUGGUAAUCGCCAGUACAGCUUUGAGGAUUACAGGGAGUCCCCAGAGUGGCUUUCCACACUUUUCCAGUCAAGACCAUGGAAUACCGACAGCCCGCCAAGCCUUUGCCAGAUUCCCUUUGAUGACCAAUCUCCAGAGCGCAUCCUUCAGGGAGACACUUUCCACUUGAUCAAGCUUGGCAUAGCAAGGGAUGUCAUUGGGGGAGUACUGCAAGACUGCGGGGCUUCGGUCGUUUACCCCGUCAUUUUUCAACAUGAGACACGGGUUGAUGUCAGCCCCGUGGGCAAGUACCAAAGGUUACUCUAUGGUCAUUUCAUGACUCUGCUUCGUGGCUAUGCGCUUCUGGGACAAAAAGCCCUGACCCUGAAGAUCCGGGCCUUCAUCCAGAAACCAAAGUGCCACGGUGUCCAUCACAUUGCAGUAAGCCUGAAGCGCCAACUGAAAUUGGGGGUGCCCUUGGUUUUGUCACCGCAGGCAUUUGCUUGUGAAAUUUGUGAAGAUUUCCUAG